AUGUGUCACCACCAUCUCGGCAAGGGUGGCGACGGUGGCCCUGGUGGCUCUGGCGGUUCUGGCCCCGCUGGUGGUGCUGGCGGCGGCGGUGGUGACGGUGGCUCCGGCGGCAUGGGCCCCGGUGGCGGUGACGGCGGAGACGGAGGUGGCGGCGGCUCUGGCGGCGCUGGCCCAGGCGGCGGUGCUGGUGGUUCUGGAGGCAAGGGCGGUGAUGGUGGAGCCGAAAGUGGCAAUGGCAUGUGCUGCCGCACACACUGGCUCGACGACUUCGACGCCCAGCUCCUCAUCGACAACCUCGACAUCUAUUACUUCGACCUCGAGUCACUCGACGCCGUCGUCCUCGAGCACUGGCUCGACAACCUCGACGCCGAGCUCGUCUUCGACGACCUCGACUUCCAUUACUUCGACCUCGAGCCACUCGACACCCUCGUCUUCGAGCACCGGCUCCACGACCUCGACGCCAAGCUCGUCAUCUACGACGACUACUUCGUCCAGUCACAGUACGACCACAACGCCCUCGUCCUCCACUACUACCACAUCCAGUGGCUCUACCACUUCGACUCCAAGCUCGUCCUCGACGACGUCGACUUCCAUAACGUCGACUACCGGUUCCACGUCCUCGACGUCGACGACCGGCUCGACCACCUCGACGUCGACGACCGGGUCAACUACCUCGACCACAGGAUCGACCACCUCGACGUCUACCACUGGCUCAACCACCUCGACGUCGACUACAGGCUCGACCACGUCGACCACUGGCUCGACCACCUCGACGUCGACGACCGGGUCAACCACCUCGACCACAGGAUCGACCACCUCGACGUCUACCACUGGCUCAACCACCUCGACGUCGACUACAGGCUCGACCACGUCGACCACUGGCUCGACAACCUCCACUACGGGCUCGACGACCUCGACGUCCAUGACCUCGACCCCAUCCUCGUCCUCGACUACCACCACGUCCAGCCACUCCGCAACCCACUCGGCUUGUGUUACCAGGACUUGCGGCCCAUGCCCCACCGGUACCGGUGGCAAGGGCGGUGA